GCCCUUGCAACCAAACAACCUUCUCUUUGAGGUUAGUCCUAGACAAAGAAGGAAUGGAAUAACAUCUUAAUUCGCGUAGAGCGAAUUUUUUAGCAAGAAUGUGGGUGGAGCAAUAAGGGGCCCGAUGGGCCAGGUCAAAGUCAGAACAACGAGACGCAAAGUAACAUCUAGAACAGUGCGAAAUCAAUAUCCUCCCCCAGGGACGGUAUAAAAAAAUAAGAUCUUAAAGAGAACAUCAAAUUUAUGAACACCACGAUAACACUUCUCGAUCCGAGUGAUAACUUUCUCCAAUCGUUCUUGAAAUUUGAGAACGACUCGAGUCUGGCUGUUACUUCCGGUGAUGCAGAAUUCAAUCUUGAGGUCACGGAUCUUAAUGAGGUCAACGACCUUCGCCAUGACGUUGGGGGCCCGUUCUCCGAGCUGGUAGUUUUCCCACAGGUCGUGGUAGAAGUCGAGGUCAAUGACCCCAAUCUUCAAGUGGACGUCACUCCUACUGAUCCACCACCUCCGAUAAAACGAAAACGCGGUCGACCGCCAAAUCCAACCCCGAAAAUCACCCGGGUCACGAAGCGAACGAAAAAGUACGAGGAACCCCCAACAACAAAAGCGGUCCGCAAUGCGAUCGGUGCAAAACGAAAUCGUGACCUGAAGAAGGAACUAUUUGCAAAAAUGGAGUCCGAAAUCGAAUCCUUAAAAGCGCAAAAAUUGGCCCUAGAAAAUCAGGUCGUCACCCUUUUGGUCGAAAAGAAAGAGUCCGCCGCAAAAAAUUCACUGCUAACGGAACAAAAUUCCGAUUACCGGAAGCGAUUAGACGUAAUUUUGAAAAAUGCGUCGGUUGGGGGAGAAAAAGUCGAGCACGUGGAUGGCACGUGGUCAAUCGCCGAUGGCGAAAGCACGACAUAUUCUUCCUCAUCCGACGAAACUUUUCAAGUCGACCACGUGGAUGACACGUGUUCCAGCGCUGAUAUUACUUCCAGCCAAGGAACGACGUAUUUAUCCCUACCCGACGAUACUUUUGAGGGCUGCGACUCAUUCCCAGAAUUGAAUCAAUUAAUCAAUUAAUCAAUUAAUGGGACUCGAUCAAAUUCUGAACGUUUGAGUCGGGCUGUGCGAAGUUAGUAAUAUGUAGUUUUAGAAGGUGUGUCAUAAAUUGUGUAACGCAUUUUUUUUAAAACCCGGUAGAAAUUAUAUAAAAUUACGAAUUUUUUUCAAAACCCGGUAAAAUUUAUGUACAUAUUUCCAUAAAAUUCAAAUAUUCAAUUUACAUAAUAGCUUUAAACAAUUUAUAUAAGUAUGAUUUAAAAAUUCAAUUUAAACCCGUUACGCAAUUUAUGGUCGCCAAAAUACAUCUUUUUAGAUACAUUCAUCUUUAAUAACCUUACGACUGUGAUGUUAUUUAAUUUGUUUGUACUGACCCCUUCCCACCCAUUGGAACGUUGGUAGAGUCGCAUUUUUUUAAGGGAAAAUUUCCAAACACUAUUGGGAAAAUAUUGCAAAAAUUGCUUGACAAUACUGCCAUCCUGGCUAGAGGAUGUUGCAAAAAUUGCUAGACAAUAUUGCGAACCUGGCAAGAGGAUAUUGCAAAAAUUGCUUGACAAUAUUGCGAACCUGGCAAGAGGAUAUUGCAAAAAUUGCUUGACAAUAUUGCGAACCUGGCAAGAGGAUAUUGCAAAAAUUGCUAGACAAUAUUGCGAACCUGGCAAGAGGAUAUUGCAAAAAUUGCUUGACAAUAUUGCGAACCUGGCAAGAGGAUAUUGCAAAAAUUGCUAGACAAUAUUGCGAACCUGGCAAGAGGAUAUUGCAAAAAUUGCUAGACAAUAUUGCGAACCUGGCAAGAGGAUAUUGCAAAAAUUGCUAGACAAUAUUGCGAACCUGGCAAGAGGAUAUUGCAAAAAUUGCUUGACAAUAUUGCGAACCUGGCAAGAGGAUAUUGCAAAAAUUGCUUGACAAUAUUGCGAACCUGGCAAGAGGAUAUUGCAAAAAUUGCUAGACAAUAUUGCGAACCUGGCAAGAGGAUAUUGCAAAAAUUGCUAGACAAUAUUGCGAACCUGGCUAGAGGAUAUUGCAAAAAUUGUUAGACAACACUGCCAUCCUGGCUGGAAGAUGUUGCAAAAAUUGCUAGACAAUAUCGCCAUACUGGCUUUAAACAAUAAAUUUCCCCCAAAAAAAUGCAUAUUUCUAUCCAAAUGUUCCCGUGGGUUCAGAGGGAAGCGUACACAUAUUUGUCAACGUUCCUACUAAUCGAAGCUUUUAAAGGCUCGAAUUUUAGCAACGGCACAAAUUUCAAGAAACUAAGAGGAAAUUCGUAAGAUACCUUAAAAUGACAAGCGUCAUUUCACCUCUUACGAGACACGGUUCACUCUGAGGAUAAAAUUGUGAAAAAAUUUAUACAAAAUUUUAAUUUUUUAAAAUCUUGAGUAAAAUUUUCCACAGUUUUUUAUUCCGAGUGUGUUUAAGCCCCUCGUUUCAGAGACCCUUCUACGGAGCGAGGGUGUUGAGGGGGAUUAAUUGGGGGGUAAAGUUCCCACAAAAAAUACCCGAAAAAUUCCGCAUCACAUCCUGCCCGUAAGUCUCACCCUGGUCAGUCCCUGUACGUCGCCACUGUCGACGUGGUGAUCACAACUCGUCGCCAUGUCGACAGAGGCGACGUGUAGGUUCGUUUUUCAGCGUUGAAUUAAUGUACCGUGCACCAGAUUAGGAUUAGAGAUUCUAAUCUGGGAUUAAUCCGCGAAAACGGCAAACUUAAAUGUGGCAUGAUUUUGUACAUAGUAUUUUUCAAAUAUUGUAAAUCUGUCAUGUCUGUCAUGUUCUAACAGUCAAAAAUAAAUGGGAAUGGUUACUAAAAAAGUAAAAAAA